AUGCCACGCGGUAAGUUCACGAACCACAAGGGCCGUAACCGCAAGUUCACGAGCCCAGAAGAGCUAGAAGAACAGCGCAAACAAGAAGAACAGAAGCAAAAAUGGAGAAAAGAACAUGGCAAGGAAAGUUCAAGUGAAGAAGAGUCGGAGGAAGAAAAAUCUGGUUCCGGAAGCGAAGACGAGAGUGACUCAGAUGAUGAUAGACCAUCCAAAGCCAAGGGUGUAUCAGGCCUCAUUGAAGUAGAAAAUCCAAACCGUGUAGUGAAGAAAAACAAGAAAUUGAACAAUUUGGACAAUUUAGGCGAAGGAGAGAAACCUCAAUUAUCAAGGCGUGAACGAGAAGAAAUAGAAAAGCAACGUGCAGCGGCGGCGUAUCAAAAGUUGCACGCAGAAGGCAAGACCGAGCAAGCGCGAGCUGACCUCGCGCGACUGGCUAUUAUCCGCCAACAACGAGAGGAGGCUGCCAAACGCAGGGAGGCUGAGAAAAAGGCUAAGGAAGAAACACCCAAGAAAAGGUAA